GUGUGCUAGUGAACAUCAUUGCCCAGUAAUCACUCAUUACAAUAGGAUCUGGGCCAGGUGCUACUGAAUGUUGUCGUUAUUGAGAGAAGUAGGAUAAGAUGCCCCCAGUCACCGCCAACACCAAGGAGGUCCAUCCGGGGACUUUAUUCUCCAUCAACACGUCUCGACAGUACAGCUGUUGACAUGUAGACCACAUCAGCGAUGACGUCAUCUGUUUCUGUGUUGUUUUUGAAGGCGAUUAUUCUAGGUGUUCUAUCAACCAGCCAUGCUAUUCCUCCAACGAAACAAGGAAGUCAGGAGAGCCAUGCUACUAAAUGUAGCAUUAAGCCUAUGGACGACACGUUCUCAAAAUACAUGGACGACGCCUGGGUCCAGUUAAACGAAUUCCACUUCAGUAUGGCCAAUUAUACUACAGACCCUUUGUAUAAGGACUUGGGUAUGAACUACAAGCCGUGGAGGUGGCAUAGAACACGAACACAACAUGGAAGGACUCUUCUUAUGUUGUCAUUCCACUACGAUGUUCUCUCUAUGACUAUUCUCACUAUCGGCGUGGAAGCCAACAACAUCCAACUUGUCGACAGUCCCUUUGGCUGUUUCGGCAAUUUGACCGGCGGAAAAAGAGUAGAAAAAAUACGACAACUUAUUUUGGACGACUUCAGUUCGGUAAAGAAAACUAUGACAGAGCUUGAAAGUGAAACUCACUUACAGAAUAUUGUAUAUGUAUGUAAUGAAGUGGUGAAAAGAACUGGUCGGUAUGCAGAGUUCGGCAACAGGUGUUGUCACCAAAACAUUAACGGUGACACAGUUUGCACUGAUCAGGUGGAGGACGCCUGGAUAACUGUGCUCUACGUGUGUAUAGCCCUCGUGAAAAUCCUUGUCUUUUUCUUUAGUCCCCUUCUCUUACCAAGUUACAUGUAUAGCGCGUCCUACGUGGCCUCUGAGUACGUGGUUAAACUUAAGGAUGAACUCAAAAUGAAAAUGUUUAUCACCGAAAGCACCGAAACAUCCAUACGGUAUAAGAAGCGACUUACAAUUGAAGACAUUUCUGAAUGGAAGAAAUUUCGAGAGAGCGUUGAUGAGUGUCCCAUGGAUGAAAUAGUACCUAUUAAAAUUCCGGAAUUACGUGUGAAAGUGAAGGGAAAGAGAAUAAUCCCGGAGAACGAGCCUCCGACUGGACUCUUACGAACAAUUUAUGAUAAUCUGAUUCGUUGCAAGAUAAAAGCACUUGACCCGUUUCGGGAGUGUUGUGACAGAAGUGUGUACGCGUCACUAGAACCUCAGAUCGCACAUAAGUGCACGUGGCAUAUGUUUGUGCAGAUGACAGUGAAGAUUCUUUUGUUGUUUCUAGUCCCGAUCCCCUACUAUGUACGAGUGUACAUCUACUACCAAUUCGAACAAGGAGAAAUGAUCCGAAGAAGCUUGAUUGCAAAAGAGCUUAACUUGCACAUGGGAUUUAAUUUCUAUCGAGGAAAUAUUAUUCAGUUUUUGACACCAACACAUGGAAUAUUUAUUGCUACUUAUGUGUUUUACUUUUCUGCGGGGUUUAUCAUAGGAUUUUCGGAUGAAAUCACAAGAGAAAAACUAAAAUCCAUUGCUCGUGGGUCUCUUCAGGAUAUGCUAAACGUGCAAAGAACGAGUGUACUGCAAGUAAUUUUACGCAUCGGUCUUUGGCCUUUCCGUAAGUGUGGUCUACUUGCCAUAAUUCUUUGUCCAAUUUACGCCAGUUUCACGGCGCCAUUUUGUUUGAUGAUUUUUGCAUUAUACUGCAUACCUACCAUUUACCUAUCCUACAGACUAUUGUACCACUCGCGAAAGAAAAUAUCAUACCGAGACGACACAAAGGAUGCCAUAAAGCCUCUCACUAAAACUAAAAAACACGUUAAGAGGAUUCAACAAAAAUUAUCCAAAAUUGACAACAGUGUGCAUCGUCGGCAGUCAGCAUUCACGGACGAUGAUCACGUGUUCCCCUGCACGUGGGGCUCGGGGCGUUUGAUGAUGAUCAGGCGGUUAUUUGUGCAGCUGAUCGUUGGUUUGUUCUGCCUGUCUUGUCUCUACGCCAUUGUCCUCCUGUUUGUGGAGGCUGUGGGACUGGUUGUCGAGGUGUUAGCAUUCACUAUGAUGGGAAUAAUUGUGAACGCCGGAAGUACGCUUCGCUAUGUAUCUAUGGCUCUCUUGGUCAUAGUCUAUAUGCAUGACUGUUACAAUAACGUGUAUGAGAGUUAUCUCACAUUCAACAAGACAGUGAUAGAGGAUGUUAUGGACAGAGUCGAAGACUUAAAGAAAGUAGCAAGCUUGCCUUCAAGUAUGCAAGAAAACGCUGCGUUCCAAGUCCAACCGCCAGAGACCCUUGAUGAAAUCACAACCAUUCUCUCCUUCGAGAAAAAAGAUCCAGCUUGGAGAAUCGGUCAUUUGUUGUUGUUUCUCGAUUCGUAUGAUACACCGAGAAUUCCAUUGCGUCUGUUUAAGAAGCUUUGUGAGGUGCGUAUCCAUGGAGCACCUGGUCCCGUGUACAUUAAUCUCCUACGCGCCACAGGCAAGUUCCUUAUCAUUGUUAUUUUUCUCUUCUUUGUCAUGAUCGUUGUUAUGGCUUUUGGGAAUGUUCAUCAAAUAUCGUCCACAAAUCAGACGUUGGCAACACUUGCUGGGGGGUUCGUUCCGAUGCUCUUGAAAAACGUACUACCGCGUAAAUCAGUUAAGCUCAAUUUAAAAACAUUAAGCUUUAAAGGUCAAAUCGAUGAAAUUAUCAGCGAGUUCAAACAAAACUGGCCUCUCUGUGAUCUUAUCUUCGAAAAUGAUGUACCGUCAGAAGCCGACGGUAGUGAAAUGCGAUCGGAGACAAACAGUUUAGAUGAAGGCAAUUCAGGGAAUGCCAAAAAGGCAAGCCAGAGCCUUGAAACUAUUUUAGAGGAUAAAGAGGAGACGACUGAAAAUGGCGGCACAAAAAACGAGAAAAACGACAAACCAAAAGAGCACAGCAUUGACGCAUAUAUCAAAGAAAAGAAAGUCCCUGAAAACAGCAACAAACCAUUUGACAUCAUGGGUUAUUUUGAUAAACCUACGAGUAACGGUGUUCCGCUAGGUCCACAAACCGCUAGACUGCUUCCAAGAUACUCGGUAGUGGAUGAUAAUUAUGUGGAUCUUUUUAUAGAUAUGAGUGUAGCGGAAACCACUACCCCAUGGCAGAGGUCAUUUGAGUCUAUUCCUUCGGUGUCGAUGUUACCGGAAGGAGAAUCGGAUGAACUACACAAUCACAUUCCGGAAAUUAAAAUCGACUCAUAUUAUUGAGUAAAACGUGAAUUUGUUAGAAUGAACGGUGAAAAUUUGAAAGAAUUAUUUGAUUUUGGUUCCUCGUACAUGCUUAUAAUUGAGUCUUAAUAUUUAUCGUGUUUUGACUUUCUGUAGUGAUUCACUAAACAGUUAAAUAAUUUGUUUGCUGUUUGUAUCGCCCCGUUAACAGUCACGGCCAUUGUGACGCGAUUUUCCCUUGUAGUAGCUGGUGGCUACAACACUAAGCAACAUAAAGGAAUAUCGUCGCCCUCUAUCAAGAUCAAUAAAGUUAGAGUUUCUUGUCCAAGGAUACAACCACAACUGCAUAGGACGGUAUGUGAAUACCAGCUUCAAUGAGGAACACAAACCUCCUUCAGAGGAGGGUCGAACAAUCUCCUCGGAUCUACACUUGAGGUCAAAAUGCUCUACAGACAGAGCCUAAACAGAUGCCUCAUUACUUUGUAUUUCCAUAUUGUACAUAUAUGACGAAUAUGAAAUCCAUAGUUAUCGUUUGUUCAUCACUGAUAAUUAGCCUUGAUAUACCGACCUAUAGAUGUUUAAUGCAAUAUUGUUAAAUAGCGUACAUAUUGUGUAGAUAGAUGAUAACGUGAUUUUUUAUCUGAUUUACUUUAGUGGUAGAUGAACAAAAUGAUUUAGGGUAAGUAAGGCGCAACAUCAUGACGAUAUUAUCAGAACAAAGUAAUUUCCAUCAUUUCAUAAAUUCAUGUAUAAUAUAUAUUUCUAUAUAUAUUUUUGAUAUUUUUUUCAAUAAUAUAGCUAAGUAAAAUUUAUUUGAAUUACUAAGAUAUGAUGAUUAUAAUAGUAAUAUAUUAUUAGUUGCAUUUGGUUACUGAACGAAGUGCUACAUUUUGAGUUUAAAUAUUGCAGAGUAUAUGUAAGGAUUGGUAUAACGGAAGCGUUUGUCAUUUAUAAAUGCAUGUAAUAAUUUCCAUCUGACUUAAAUAUACCUUCAACGGGUGAUUGUUUGGCUACUGUAAAUCACUUAGAUUUCACGAAUACUUUAUUUCUUCGGACAUAUUCGCGAAUGCUGACCUAGAAAUGACUUUGAAUUCAAGAAUGAUGAGCUAUUAUAAUCAUGGACUCGCAAGACUCCUUUAUCGUCUAAUAAUCACGAAAGAUUUGAAUUCGCGAUUGACUCUCACCACGUAUUAACGCGAAAAUAAAUCAACGCGAAAUAUAAGUGAUUUACAGUAAAUACCCGAUACAAUUUUUCAUUUACUCGGUUUAUCGCUCCGUGAACAAUCAGUCGUUUUGAGGCGGAAUCUCUCUGUAGUAGUUGGUGACAACUUCACUGAACAACAAAAGGAAGGUCCAUUCCAUGUCAUCCAGAGCAAUUACAGGGUAAAGUGUCUAACAAACAAACCAGAUUCAUAAAAUAUGCAGACAUCAUACUGAAAAAGAAAUAUUAACAUAUAUAACGAAGUUUCUUUCUUUUUUGGCUCCACUGUAUCUAACUGGAAUUGUCUUGAAAUAUGUUUAUAUCAUGUAUCUAUAUCAUAUACAGUCCUUUAAUGACAUAUUUGAAAAAUUGUAUUCAUCCAUCGAGAGCCUUGUCUCAGUGUGCUUACCCUAACUUAUAAGCCGUUGGGAUUUAAAAUGUUAUAGACGAGUAAUAUGUGAACAUUCCGUCAGAAAAUGGCCUUUUCAUCCUAUAGAUCAAAUGAGGAAUUUGUUGGGUGUUGGGUGAGAGUGAAAGUAUUGACGAGGAUGAAAAAGAAGGUUUGGUGUAAUUAAGAUUGUUCCAUCUGGUUGAUAGAAGACCAACUAAAAUAGAAGUAAAUUUUUUCAAUAUUUGUUGAUUAACUUCAUUUAUAGCCAUGCUCUCCCGGUGUGUGUUCUGUUUUGUAUCAUUUACGUUUAAUCCAAUCCAUAUCGGUAUGUUCAUGCGUUCCUUCUGCUUGCUAUAAAAUGUUGUUCUUUGUUAUGAAGGCAGAUAUGUUGCGACCAUUGCUUAACUGUAAAUACUGCAUUGAAGAGUGUUGUGUAAUAAAAAUAUAUUUUCUCUU